UAAUCCCCACCACUUCCUUCGUAUAUAAACGAAUUCAUAGCCGAAGCCCCUAAAGCUGCCUUCAGAUUUGAGAGCUAGAACAGAGAACAAAAAUGCAGAUAUUCGUGAAAACCCUAACAGGGAAAACCAUAACCCUCGAGGUCGAAUCAAGCGACACCAUCGACAAUGUCAAGGCUAAGAUUCAAGACAAGGAAGGUAUUCCACCUGACCAGCAAAGACUGAUUUUUGCCGGGAAGCAACUCGAGGAUGGCCGUACUCUUGCCGAUUAUAACAUUCAGAAGGAAUCAACUCUGCAUCUGGUUCUCAGGCUUCGUGGUGGUAUCAUUGAGCCUUCUUUGAUGGCUUUGGCUAGGAAGUACAAUCAGGACAAGAUGAUCUGCCGAAAAUGUUAUGCACGGCUGCAUCCUCGUGCAGUGAACUGCAGGAAAAAGAAGUGCGGCCACAGCAACCAGCUGAGGCCAAAGAAGAAGAUCAAGUAGAGUGUUGAUUCUGAAGGGAUGCUGCAUGUGUUGUGUCGCUGGAUUUUUACAUUGCAUCAGAGAGUCGGCUAUUAAUGGACAAUUAGGAUUCGACUUUUGUUAUGUUAGUCAAAUGUUUUGGGAUAUGUAGCUCGGAACUCUGGUUCAUUUCUGGAUGUGUUGAUGAAACCAUAUUUUAAUGCAUUCAGCUAUUUCUUCUGUUGUCA